UUCCAUUCAGAUCCCUGGACGAAGGUGAGCGCGCGACGACGACCGAGAUCAAUAAAGCCCUUCCGUUCAGAUCAAAUUGGCGCAAAGGAUGAAUCUAGCUAAUAAUUGUUUGUAACAAUAAACGGUAGUCGACUGGCUGUUCCAAAGAUGGGUGUCUUCAAUCUAUUAGUGUUUACGCUACUUCUUCGGUGUUGUGUACUGCAGAAACCUAACACAGAUGCCCGCAGACACGAUGUCUACAUCGCGGGGUUUUUCCCUUUCGGAAAAGGUGUCGAGAACUCCGAGACAGGUAGAGGCGUUAUGCCCAGUGUAAAAUUGGCUUUGGAUCAUGUGAAUGAACACUCCUCGAUCCUGAGGAACUACAGGCUACACAUGUGGUGGAAUGAUACUAUGUGCAAUGCGGCAGUCGGGGUCAAGGCUUUCUUCGAUAUGAUGCAUAGUGGUCCUAACAAGCUGAUGCUCUUUGGGGCCGCUUGCACUCAUGUGACAGAUCCUAUCGCCAAGGCCUCCAAACAUUGGCACCUCACGCAACUGAGUUAUGCGGACACGCAUCCCAUGUUCACAAAAGACAACUUUCCCAAUUUCUUCCGGAUCGUGCCUAGCGAGAACGCCUUUAAUCCACCGCGGCUGUCGCUCUUAAAGGAAUUUAAUUGGACUAGAGUCGGCACCAUUUACCAAAAUGAACCACGAUACUCUUUGGCACAUAACAGAUUAGUAGCUGAGCUGGAUACACUGGGCUACACCGUUGUCGAGACUCAGAGUUUCACCAACGAAGUCAUAUCUGCAUUAGUUAAGCUUAAAGAGAAAGAUAUCCGCGUGAUUUUGGGUAAUUUCAAUGAACAUUACGCUCGUUUAAUCUUCUGCGAAGCAUACAAACUAGAGAUGUACGGCAGGAGGUACCAAUGGGUGAUAAUGGGAACUUAUUCAUCCGAUUGGUGGACGAAAGUUGAGCCGGACUCGAAUUGCACAACUGAAGAAUUGCAAUCAGCUCUGGAACAGACGAUUUUAACGGAUUUGUUGCCGUUGAGCACUAGCGGAGAAAUAACGAUAUCCGGAAUAACAGCUGAUGAGUAUUUAACCGAGUAUGAUUCAAGACGUGGUCGUGAAUAUUCCCGUUUUCACGGAUAUACCUACGAUGGAAUUUGGGCAGUGGCAUUAGCCAUACAAAACGUCGCUCAUAAGGUUAGGUACUUGAGGCGCAAUCAGACGGUAAUAGAUUUCAAGUACAGAGAUCCGCUUUGGGAGAGAUUGUUUCUGGACGCGUUGCACAACACCAGUUUUGAAGGUGUUACAGGACCAGUUAGGUUCUACGAUAAUGAGAGAAAGGCCAGCAUUCUCUUGAAGCAGUUCCAACAAGGUUUGGAAGUCAAAGUUGGAGAGUAUAGCGCGGCCACUCAGCACCUAGAUCUAACUCUCGGGGCUCCUAUGAAAUGGCUCGGAAAGCAACCACCGAAAGACAGGACUCUGUUGAUCAUCGAACACACGAGAGUAAACAAAACAGUUUAUGCAAUAUUAGCUUCUCUGGCCGUCUGUGGCAUCAUAAUGGCAUCGGUUUUUUUGGCGUUCAACAUCAAAUACAGGAACCAGAGGUACAUCAAGAUGUCUAGUCCGCAGUUGAAUAAUCUCAUUAUAAUUGGCUGUAUGCUGACGUACACGAGCAUCGUUUUCUUAGGUCUUGACUCAGGCCUCUCCAGUGUCGAUGCUUUUCCCUACAUUUGUACUGCUAGAGCUUGGACACUGAUGGCCGGCUUCUCUUUAGCUUUUGGUGCUAUGUUCAGUAAGACCUGGAGAGUUCAUUCGAUUUUCACCGACGUCAAACUAAAUAAAAAAGUUAUCAAGGAUUAUCAGUUGUUCAUGAUUGUUGGUAUUCUGUUGGUCCUCGAUUUUGUCAUUAUGACCACUUGGCAGGUUGCUGACCCUUUCUACAGGGAGACUAAACAAUUAGAACCUUACCCUCAUCCAUCGAGCGAAGACAUAAUAAUAAUUCCGGAAAACGAAUACUGUGCUUCGGAGCGAAUGACGAUCUUCGUUGGAUGUAUUUACGCUUACAAAGGGUUACUGAUGAUCUUUGGGGCUUUUCUAGCGUGGGAGACGAGGCACGUUUCGAUUCCGGCUUUGAACGAUAGCAGACAUGUCGGGUUAUCCGUGUAUAAUGUGGCCAUCAUGUGCAUAUGCGGCGCGGCCGUCGCUCUAGUUCUUGUCGAUCACCAAGAUGCCAUGUUCCUUAUAAUUGGAGUCUUCGUGAUGUUCUGCACGACGGCUACAUUGUGGCUGGUAUUCGUGCCGAAGAUGGUGGAACUCAAGAGGAAUCCUGGCGGGUCGAUCGACAAAAGGAUCAGGGCGACGUUGCGGCCGAUGGGCUCGAAGACCAGAAGGGAUUCGAACGCAUCGGAGAUGGAGUCCAGGAUGAAAGAGGUCAAAGCAAAUAACUCUAGAUAUCGCAAAACCUUGCUUGAUAGGGAAAGUGAGCUUCAAGUGCUCAUCAGAAGGUUGGGCAAUGAGGCCAAAGAAAUCCUGGACACGCGUACCGAUUCCAUCACCGAGACGAACAAAUUAUCAGUACCGCUUUUAAGAAAGGAAGCGCCAUCGGCCACCGAAACUAGUGACAUUACUUCCCUGUGCAGUUUGAGCUCUCAAGAUCAGUUCCAAUCCUUUCAUCAUCAGGAAAGUCAAAAAAAGAAACCCAUUGUGGAAUCGCCUAAAUCAGAAGUAGCAGCACCGUCUGUAGUACAAAAUGGAAAAGUUACAGAGCCAACAAUCGAAGUGAAGAAAGAAGCCUUGAGAAAAGUUCAAACGCUUGACGAAGUCGUUGCUAAUUACCAGACUUGUGAGAAUAGAAGAGCCAGCAAACCAGAAGCCGUACCACCGCGUCGCUGCAGCUUGAAAAACGAACAGGAAGAUUGCGCAAAGAGAAGAGUUAGCGUUCCUGGACAACCACAACCGCAACAACGCACACCCAAAAGGAAACCGGACCAUGGAACUCACGUUGUAGCCAAGUCCGAGUUAUGGGAUACAGGGAACCAACACAGAUGUUCGAAAAGAUCAUCGCGCGUUUCCAUUUCCACGGAUGAAGACGAAUCCAUAAUGCACCGAUCUGUAUCGGAGAGGAAAAGUGGAAGAGGACAAAAGAGUCCUAAGAAGGAGCAAACUGAAACCAUUUGCAAUCAGCAUGCAAAUAAACUGGCGCACUUCCAGUCCACACCCAACGUAAAUUCAGCAACUUUAAGGCCUUCAGCAAAGACGAAGGCUAAACAGAGAGGCGAUAUUUAUAAUGCUACUUCGGAAAGCGAAUUGCUUGACCGCGAAAUCCUACCGAUUUUUCAAAAACUUUUAACUGAGCGCAAUAAGAGCCAGCACAACAUUGACUACUCCUUCGGUAGAUCGUGCCCGAACAUCUCCAUUAAAUGCGACAUUGUAGAAUACCUUUAGGACCUACAUCUAGCCAAAGUACCUAUAUUAAUUUCCUUGAAAAAAAUAUACUUACGAAACAAUCAUCGUCCCAAAUAUAUGAAUGAUGUUCGUUAAUUAAUAAAUUUAAAUGGAAAUAAAUCAAAUCUUGAAUUAAUAGUCAAUUAUCAUGAAUUUAC